AUGAACAGGCUUGUUUAUGGUGAGAUCGCACCCGGAGCUCAGUCGAAGGGUGAUGAGAGGAGUGAGGAGGAUGUCCAGGCAAAUACAACGUCUCCUGCCAUCCCCUGGAACAUCACACAUGGUGGACACAGGAACACGUCUGCAGAGCCAGGCCUCUUGGGAGAGGGAUCUGUCCGUUUGGUGAAUGGCAGCAGCCGCUGCAGUGGUGCCGUGGAGGUCCAUCAUGAUGGGCGGUGGAUGCCAGUCUGCCAGGAAAUGUGGGACAAGGAGGCCUCCCACGUGGUCUGCAGACAGCUGCACUGUGGGGAGGCAAAGGAGACAGAAGCUGAACCCACCCCCAGCCCUGUGUGCCCGCCCAGGUCAACACCCACAAAGAAAGCCACCCUGUCCUCUCAGAACCUCUGCCCUUCCCUGCACAUCCACUGUGUGGGUCUGGAGAGCACAUGGAAGCAGUGCAAUGUGUCAGAGCUGUGCUGUAAUGGGAAGCCGGCCAGCGUCACCUGCACAGGUUCCCAUUCUGUGCGCCUAGUUGGCGGGGGCAGUUGCUGUGAGGGCCGUGUGGAGGUCGAGCUGGACGGUGUCUGGGGCACAGUGUGCGAUGACGCCUGGGACCUGGAUGACGCCGGGGUGGUAUGUCAGCAGCUGAAGUGCGGUUGGGCCAUCCAGGCUCCAGUGGCCUCCUCCUUCCACAAAGGGACGGGCCCCAUCCACCUGGAUGAGGUGAGCUGUGCUGGGAACGAAUCCCAACUGUGGGACUGUCCAGCUGAGAGGAGCCAUGAUUGCGGCCACAAGGAAGAUGCCGGUGUGGUGUGCUCAGAGCACCAGAAGUGGCGCCUGUCGGGGGGCAAGGACGCCUGCGCUGGCCGCGUAGAAGCUUAUUACCGGGGCGUGUGGAACACGGUGUGUGACGGGGCCUGGUACAAGGAGGAGAUGGGCGUGCUGUGCCAGUGGCUGGGGUGCAGCCCCUCUGGCCGGAAGCUGAGCUUCAACCACACACAGGAGGGCAGGAUGAACUACCAGUGCUCAGGGACCGAGCCCUCACUGUCCUGGUGCCAAUGGCACUACAACAACUUUAACCUGUGCCACCAGUCCCAGGCUGCCGGCGUGAUCUGCAAUGGCUCGCUGGGCUUGCUGAACACGUCUGCUGUGCCCUCCACGGAGAUGACGACUCCAGACGCCAGAAGCACAGCUGAGCCACUGUGCUGGGAAGCCAAGGCCCUCUCGAACUGGACUCUCCUCCUCCUCUGUGUCAUCCUGGGCCUUCUCCUCUUGGUCACCGUGCUGGCCUUCACCGCCGCCCUUCUGAGGAUGAGGAGGAAACACGCCCACGCCGUGUCCUCUUCCUCAUUAGCCACCCCGGUCCUGGUGAAUCAUAGUGCGCAGGGCCCGGAGACGCCCGCAGGGGAUGCCAAUGACUACAGGAAAGCCCCCCGCAAAGCAGAAGCAGAGCCGCUGGCCGUGCCCGCUCCUGGCUCCGAGGACUCCGAUUCCGACUAUGAACAUUAUGAUUUCAGCAGCAAGCCGCCCGUCGCGCUCUCCACCUUCUACAAUUCACUUCGGCACCGAGCAGCGGACGAGACUCUCCCUGCGAGCGGCUUCCCCCCGGCACCUGGCCAGGAGGUGCUGAAUGAGGGCCCGGAGCCCUGGGGCCAGCCAGAGCAAAGGCCCCGCGAGGAGCCCCCCGCUGAGUCCAGCUCAUCCUCAGAGGACAACUACUACAACAGCGGCACCACCAGGCAGCAACAGUGGGGCAACCUGGCCACUCCUCCCACCAGCAGCCUCUUAAUGCCAGCGCCUCCUGCCCAGGGCAAUGGUGGCUCCCAGCUCUCCUUCCAAGAGUGGCCAGCUCUCUCCCAGCCGUUGGGGAGCUGUGAGCCUGGGAGCAACGACUCGGAGGGCAGCGAUUACGAUGAUGUCCAAGGCCUGGCGUACUAG